GACACAGGCGGGGACGUCGUCUGCUCUGACCGCCCGGAAGCCAGCGGACCUGGAGCGAUGAUCUCGGUGGGCGGCCUAGUGGCGGCCGUCUGGAGGGCGCUUCAUCUCCGCUCUCUCCUGCUGGGUGCCAUCGUCUUUCUGCUCCUUGCCAAUUUCUUCAAAAAACGGCUCCCCAAGAACUACCCACCAGGGCCCCCGAGUGUGCCUUUCUUUGGGAACUUCUUCCAGCUGGGCCUUAAGGAGCCGCACCUGACGCUGCAGAAGUAUGUGAAGAAAUAUGGGAACCUUUUCAGUAUGGAGUUUAGUGCCUGGCCUACAGUUAUUGUGACUGGAUUGCCCUUAAUCAAGGAAGUCCUUGUCCACCAGGGCCACCACGCUGCGGACCGCCCCUUAGCCCCUAUUCGAGAACGGACCUUUAAGAGAAAUGGCUUGAUCAUGUCCAAUGGCCAGGAAUGGAAGGAGCAAAGAAGGUUCACCCUGACAACACUAAGGAACUUUGGCUUAGGGAAGAGGAGCUUGGAGGAGCGCAUACAGGAGGAGGCCCACCACCUCAUCCAGGCAAUGGAAGAGGAGAAGGGACAGCCAUUUAACCCUCACCUCAAGAUCAACAACGCAGUUUCCAAUAUUAUCUGCUCCAUCACCUUUGGGGAGCGCUUUGAGUACCAGGAUGAUCAGUUCCAAGAAAUGCUGAAGUUGCUGGAUGAUGUCAUACGUCUAGAGAUGUCACUGUGGUGCCACUUCUACAAUACCUUUCCACGGAUAAUGGAAUACAUUCCUGGAACCCACCACACACUCUUCAAAAAAUGGGAGAAACUGAAAUCGUUCAUUUCUCGUAUGAUCGAAAACCACAAGAGAGACUGGAAUCCCGACGACACGAGGGAUUUUAUUGAUGCGUACCUCCGGGAAAUGCAAAAGCAUGAUGGCAAUGCUACUUCCAGUUUCCAUGAGGAAAACCUCAUCUUCAGUGCCUUAGAUCUCUUCAUUGCUGGAACCGAGACAACUUCGACGACGCUGCGCUGGGCUCUGCUUUACAUGGCCCUCCACCCCGAAAUCCAAGAAAAAGUACAAGCUGAGAUUGACAGAGUGAUUGGCCAGUCGCGGCAGCUGAGCACGGCUGCUCGGGAGCUCAUGCCCUACACCAACGCCGUCAUCCACGAGGUGCAGAGAAUGGGAAAUAUCAUCCCCCUGAAUGUGCCCAGGGUAUUAACCGUUGAUACUACUGUGGCUGGAUACCAGCUGCCCAAGGGGACCAUGAUCGUGACCAAUCUGACUGCGCUGCACAGGGACCCCAAAGAGUGGGCCACCCCUGACACAUUCAAUCCAGACCACUUUCUGGAGAAUGGACAGUUUAAGAAGAGGGAAGCCUUUCUGCCUUUCUCAACAGGGAAGCGGGUGUGCCUGGGAGAACAGCUGGCCAAGUCUGAGCUGUUUAUUUUCUUCACCUCCCUGUUGCAAAAAUUCACCUUUAAGCCCCCAGACAAUGAGGAGCUGAGCCUGGAAUUCAGAAUGGGCAUCACCAUCUCCCCCGUGCAACACCGCAUCUGUGCAGUUCCUCGGGCGUGAGGGUGUGGGGAAGGAGGGGGGAGCAGGAAACGGGCAUGUCUCCUGAAGGCACGGAGCCCUCAGGUGAGGGACCGGAGAGGAAGUGGCUCUGCGGGAGGAGUGUGGGGUUAGACGCCCAGGAAACCGGAUUCGAAUCCAGUUGUAUCUCCUCCAGUGUAGCCUUGAGCAAAUCAUGUCUCUCUAGAAAACACUCCCAAAGAUAUUCUUAGAAUAAAACCAAUCAUAU